AUGGGUGCAGCCAAUUCAAAGGGUCCAAAGAUCACCCCGCACGACCGGGCUGUUUUGGACUUGAAGCUCCAGCGAGACCGCAUCAAGCAGUACCAGAAGAAGAUCCAAGUCAUUCUCGAUCGCGAGCACGAGAUCGCUCGGCAAUGUCUAGCAAAGGGCGAUAAGACAAAGGCUUUGACGGCAUUGAGGCGGCGCAAGUACCAGGAGAGCUUGAUACACAAGACCGAUUCUCAGCUCGAGACUCUAGAAGGCCUCGUUUCUUCGAUUGAGUUCACGCAAAUCCAACAAAGCGUCAUGCUCGGCCUUCAACAAGGUAACGCCGUGCUCAAGGAGAUUCACAAAGAAAUGAAUCCCGAAUCAGUCGAGAGGCUGCUCGAAGAGACAGCCGAGGCACAAGCAUACCAACGCGAGAUCGACGAAAUGCUUGCAACACAGAUGACCGCCGAGGAAGAAGACGCCGUCCAAUCCGAACUCGAAGCCCUCGAACGCGAAGCAGGCAUCCGCACCGAUGAGCCACAGCAGAGUGUUACCUUGCCAUCGGCACCACAGACCGAGCCCAUCGCACCAGAGCAAGAGGCUCAGCCGCAACCACAACCGCAAAAAGCUCAACCUGUUAUCGAGAGGCAAGCUGUACUCGCCUAA